AUGCUGUCUUUUGUUUCUAGCCCUGAUUAUCUGAGAGCAGCUGACAUGACUGAAGUGAUGAUGAACACCCCAGCUAUGGAUGAGAUUGGGCUAAGCCCCCGCAAGGAUGGCCUGUCGUAUCAGAUCUUCCCAGAUCCCUCGGACUUCGACCGCUACUGUAAGCUGAAGGACCGCCUGCCCUCCAUUGUGGUGGAACCAACGGAGGGUGACGUGGAGAGUGGUGAGCUGAGAUGGCCACCUGAAGAGUUCCUCGUACAGGAGGAGGAAGAGGAGGAAGAAAACUGUGAAGAUGCAAAGAAGGACAACAAGGAGCAAUAAAUGGUAUCUGAGGAAAGGCAAGGGACCGCACCCUUCUGAAGGAAGAGCCACACUUCUUUUUGAAAGUCUUUUUAAAAAAAAAAGACAAGUUCAGUUUUGCACCUGCGAGAUCUUAGUUUUUUUGUAUUCUCUGUAUUGAGAACUGAAGCCCUCGGUGUCACCAGACCUCCUAAGGAAGGAAGUAACGUAGAGAAAUGUUUGCUGU